AUGAAGUGGACAACAUUUUUGUUACUUUGUGCAACUCUAGCCAGCAGUGUCAACUGCAAGGCUGUGGAAGAUAUUGCGGUGGAAACCAACGACGAUAAAAAUCCUGACCUAAUUGACUACACUGACGCAUCUCCAGAUGACUUUACCCUUGAAAAGUUAACAGUAGAAAAAAAUUUGACUCAAGCUGAAAUUUAUGAAACCGUUGAAGUGGAAAGCAACGCACCAAACCAGACUGCGCGGAUUGUUGGAGGUACAUCUGCUUCAACCGGAGAUUUUCCGUACUUUGCAGUUGUCACAUCAUUGAAGCCGGAUGGCACCACCACUGUCACUUGCGGAGGUGCAAUUUUGUCGGAGAUCUGGAUAUUGACCGCAGCUACCUGCGUUUCCGGAAAUACUGGAACUACAGUGUACGGCGGAUUAAUAGCACCACCAUCCACGACGGAUGUGGGAAAAACAGUGACAAACGUUUACAUCCCAAGCACCUUCAGAUACAACUUUAAACUGAACAACAUUGCACUGCUAAGGCUCAGUAGCGCACUGACUCUCAGUGGUUCAAUUUCCACCAUAAAAAUAUCGAAAAAUACUGCCUCCUUGGACAAUGUUUCCGUUCGCACCAUGGGAGUAGGCGCUUCUGAGGAAAGCACUGGUACUGGUACAGCACUGCUCUAUGCUGACAUUAAGCAAUUAACCAGAAGCUACUGCGACACUCUGACUUUGGAAGCUUAUUAUCAGUAUCCUGUCAAUACAGCGUGCUUGGAAACCAGCUCGGGUAAAAAGAACAUUUGCUAUGUUGAUGUCGGCGGCCCAGUGGUUUACACCUAUUCUGGAUCAUCUUCCGCCGUGCUUGUUGGAAUAAACAGUGAAAUUGUUUCUUGCACGUCGGUAUAUCCAAGCGCUUAUACCAAGGUGCAGCCCUACGUCAGCUGGAUCACAUCGAUCACCAAGAAAUCCUUCCAAACUACAGGGACCCUUGUUUAUGCCGGACUUUCAGCACCGCCAAGUACUUCUUAUCUAAAAAGUCACACUCCGAGUGGAAAGGCAGUCAUUAACACGUAUGUCCCAAGCACCUUCAGAUACAACUUCAAACUGGACAACAUUGCACUUCUAAAGCUAGUUAGUGCUUUAACUCUAAGUGGAACCAUUUCCACCAUAAAAAUUUCAAAAAGUACAGUCUCUCUGGACAAUGUUUCGGUUCGCACCAUGGGAAUGGGCGCUACUGAGGAAAGCACUGACUCUGGCACUGCAUUAAACUAUGUCGAUAUUAAGCAAAUACCCAGAAGUUACUGCGACUCUCUGACUUUGGCAAACUACUAUCAGUACCCUGUCAAUACGGCGUGCUUAGACACCAGCUCGGGUAAAAAGAACAUUUGCUAUGUUGAUGUUGGCGGCCCAGUGGUUUACACCUACUCUGGAUCAUCUUCAGGCGUACUUGUGGGAAUAAACAGUGAAAUUGUUUCCUGCACUUCUGUUUAUCCAAGCGCGUACACCAAGGUGCAACCCUACAUAGCCUGGAUCACCAAAGUGACCAAGAUAUCAUUUGUGUAA